AUGUCAUACACACCCCCAUCUGACCCAGUCAACAAAGUAACCAACAAAACCAUAAAGAUUUCUCAACUAUGUGAACUAUGUCAUUCCCGUAAAGCAGUAAUCAAAAGACCCAAAAACUUGCAAAAAAUUUGCAAACUAUGUUUCUUCCACGUCUUCGAAACAGAAAUCCACAACACCAUUGUCACAAACAACUUAUUCUACAAAGGUGAACGUGUCGCUGUCGGGGCAUCUGGUGGUAAAGAUUCCACAGUCUUAGCACACAUGUUGAAAUAUCUGAAUGAAAAAUAUAAUUACGGUAUAGAGAUUGUCCUACUAAGUAUUGACGAGGGGAUCGUUGGGUAUCGUGAUGAUUCUCUCGCUACAGUGAAGAGAAACCAACAACAAUAUCAAUUACCAUUAGAGAUUGUCUCUUUCAAAGAAUUGUAUAAUUGGACCAUGGAUGAAAUUGUAGCCACUGCGGGAAUUAGAAAUAGUUGUACGUAUUGUGGUGUCUUUAGAAGACAAGCUUUGGAUCGUGGUGCCGAAAAAUUGGGUAUUCAUCAUGUAAUUACGGGUCAUAAUGCUGAUGAUAUGGCUGAAACGGUCUUAAUGAAUAUCUUACGUGGGGAUGUUGCUAGAUUGGAAAAAUCAACCGCUAUUAUUACUAAGAGUAAAGGAUCUCCUAUUAAGAGAUCUAAACCUUUUAAAUAUUCUUAUCAGAAGGAAAUUGUUCUUUAUGCUCAUUUCAAGAAAUUAGAUUAUUUUUCUACAGAAUGUACUUAUGCACCUGAGGCAUUUAGAGGUACUGCAAGGGAAUUUAUGAAGAAUUUGGAAUCCGUAAGGCCAAGUUGUAUCAUUGAUAUCAUUCAAAGUGGUGAAAAUUUAGUAUUGAAACAAAAGAAAGUACAUACAAAUGGUCAACAAAAUAGUAAUAAGGUAGCUGGAGGGUUUGUUGACGGUAAUAGAUGUACCAAAUGUGGAUACUUGUCAAGUAAUGACAUUUGUAAAGCUUGUAUUUUAUUAGAAGGUUUAGAAAGAAAUAGACCUUCCAUUACUUUAGAUAAUGACAGCUCUGUCGAUGGUGCGGCAAGGGUCAUGAGACAAUUAGAACACAUGUCAUUUUGA